UCGAAAUUCAACAUCACCCUCCCUCAUGGUCGCACUAUCUCUCCUCCCCGUCGUCUCCCGUUUAAACUUUUGUGACGCAAUAAAAAAUCACAAUCACACGUGCUUCCCUUCCUUUUCCUCGCCGGAAUUUCCUCCCUUUCCUUUCCGUCCUUUCAUAUCUCCAUCCAAACAGUCCCUUAACUUAACUUUUCAAAUCAGAUUUGAUCUCUUUCACAGUUUCCUACUGAAUCUAACAGUAACAGGAUAAUUGCUAUUUUUGAUGGGGGCGGUCACAUCCACGAUGGCGGCGAAGUUUGCGUUUUUUCCUCCGAGCCCUCCGUCUUACGAGCUGGAGGAGGAGGAGGACGAGGACGAGGAGGCGGAGGGCGGUGCGAAGAAGUUAAGGAUGGCGGCGGCGGCGGGUGCACAUAAUAGUAAUAGAGAAUACGUUGACGUGUUGAAAUUGGAAACGAAGAGAGGAAAUCAUGUGGUGGCGGUGUAUUUUAAGAACCCUGCGGCUUCAUUGACAGUGCUUUACUCGCAUGGAAAUGCAGCUGAUCUGGGGCAGAUGUAUGAUUUGUUUUGUGAGCUCAGUUUGCAUCUCCGUGUUAACUUGAUGGGAUAUGAUUAUAGUGGGUAUGGACAGUCAACUGGAAAGCCAACUGAGCAGAAUACAUAUGUUGACAUAGAAGCUGCUUAUAGGUGUCUUGAAGAGAAAUAUGGGGUCAAAGAAGAAGAUGUUAUCUUAUACGGGCAAUCAGUUGGAAGUGGACCCACUUUAGAUUUGGCAACACGGUUACCAAAAUUGAGGGCUGUGGUUCUUCACAGUCCAAUUGCAUCCGGCCUUCGUGUAAUCUAUCCAGUGAAGAGAACAUACUGGUUCGACAUAUACAAGAACAUUGAUAAAAUACCUUUCAUCAGUUGUCCAGUACUGGUGAUUCAUGGAACUGCUGAUGAUGUUGUGGAUUGGUCCCACGGUAAGCAGCUUUGGGAGUGUUGUAAAGAGAAGUACGAACCGUUAUGGGUGAAGGGAGGGAAUCAUUGUGACUUGGAGCUUUACCCGCAAUACAUAAAGCAUCUCAAGAAGUUCAUAUCAGCCAUUGAGAAAUCAUCACGUCUGAGAAAUGUAUCUGGGUCCAUUGUGGAACAAACAGAGGAUCCUCGAAAGAGCACAGAUUUUAGGGAGGUUGCCAGAUCUAGUAUAGAUCAGAGAGAGACGUCUAGACUAAGUGCUGAUAAAAAAGAAAAGCCUAGGCUAAGCACAGACCGCAGAGAGAAGUCAAGGUCCAGCACUGAUAGGAGAGAGAGAUCAAGAAAAAGUGUGGAUCACCCUGAGAGAGAGAGCAAUGGUUCAGACCAGCAUGAGAAAGCUAGGAACAGCAUUGAUCGCUUUGGGGACAUGAUAAGAUCUGUUGGAUUGUGCAAUAUCGAUUGCUUCAAGCCCACGGGGACAGCCAUCUGAAGAAGAAAAAAUGUCAAUAUACAUUCUGAGGUUAUAUUUUACUUCAAUUAUUUAAUUGGUUGAUGGGGUUGUUUUGGUGAUAGUCAAAAUGUCCACAUAAAAAUAGGAAUAAUUUAACCUGAUAAUUUUUUUUUCCACUACAAUUUAUCUCCAAUUUCACAAGCAUCCCUCUGGUCUCUCCCCCCCGCCCACAACCCCUAUAGGAUGCAUUUCAAUCUACCUUAGAGUUUUGAUGAACUGUGUGCAGAAACUGGUCUAAUCAUGCUACAAUUAGUAUUGCAUAGCUUUUCUUCUUAAGAUUGUUUUUCAAUACAAUAUUUCCAUAUGAUCCCAUUGAGAGAUGUUGGUAUCUGCCCCGGGAAUUCGAACUUUGACCGAACACAUGGAGGAGGCGAUUGUCAUCGUUAGAGAUAAUCUACUAUCGUUGCCCUGUAAAUUUCUGGAUAUGGUAAGUAUAUUCACAAUUGUAAAUUGGCAGAAAAUUUAUUCUUUCAAGAAUGUCAUGAUAGUGCCUUAAAAAUUACGAAGGAUGCAAAGGGAGAUCUGAGUUUUUGAAAUCAAAAUGGGCUUGUAUUUUUUUUUCCUCUAAUUAUCUUUUCCUUUUGCGGUCAAUUGCUGCGCCCAUUUAUCACCACCUCAUUGUGGUUUCAUUCU